GGGAAAAUCCUCUCUAUUUUGAACCUAUUGCAUAUCGUCAUCUCUUCUAAACUGAACAAUAUUAGGGAUACAGAUACAGUACAGGGCAUGGACAAAUAUUUGGAUCCCUCUCCCAUAAACCCUAAACCCACUAAGAGGUCACAAUGGAAGAGAAGUCUACUCGAAUUGAAUGGAAAAUUUGAUCGAAAGUACCAGCAUGAUGUUUCUGGGUUACUCAUGCAAUCUUAUUCAGAGGUUAUGGUAUUACCUCAUACUUAUCACAUCCAUGGAGCGCCUUGUCAAACACAUGUGAACUGGUUUCUUGGUGGAGUUGAUGGUGCUAAUUAUAGUCAAAAUCCGUUAGGGGGAGAGGGUAUCUCGGCCUUGGAAUUUGAUAAAAAGGGAAUAUAUCUAGCAUCAGUGACUCAAUCAGGUUGCUUAACUGUGCAUGACUACGAGAGUCUUUAUUGUAAUGGUUCAAAAGAAGAUGAAACAAAGCAGUUGCUGCACAUUUCUACUGGUCAACAACUUGAUGUUGUUCGAUGGAAUGUUUCCAAUCAAGAUGAGGUUGCUUGCACAUCUAUGAAAAGUUCAGAUGUAUGUAUAUUUGACAUUGGUUAUGUAUCUUCAGAACCAGUUGAAGUGUUACGGAAAAGGCAUACCAUCUCUGUUCAUGGAUAUAAUGCUCAUAAAGGUUUCUCUGAUGUAGCAUUUUGUUCCCAUGAUGACUCAAGGUUACUUGCUUCUGAUGUCUCUGGUGUUAUAAAUAUAUGGGAUAGAAGAGCCAGUGAUCUUCCAUGUCUUGAGCUAGCAACCAAUUCUAAUAGUCCUCUUAAUAGUAUCAAAUUGAAUGCAGAUGAUCAGGUUAUAUUUGGAGCUAGCAAGCAGGGAACUAUUUACAUGUGGGAUAUUCGUGGUGGAAGAUCGUCUGCAGCUUUCCAGAAUAACAGAGUGGUAAGUUAUUCUCCUAUGACAGCAAUUAAAUUGGCAUCUGAGCUAGAGAGAAUUGCUUCUUUGAAGGUAUGUUUACUUGCUCAGUCAAAUAUAGUAUCGAAGGAAAUACACUCCAUUGACAUAAAUCCAUCUUGUCAAAAUCAAUUGGCAUUUCAUCUUGACGAUGGUUGGUCAGGUGUUUUGGAUGUCCAUAGUUUGAAAGUCACACAUAUUCAUUGUCCUCCUCCACCUUGGUUGGAUGACUUCAAUGAUUUGGCUAACUUACGCUGUUUACGGAAACCUUCAUGGAUACCAGCAUAUUCUAUUUAUGUUGUUGGAUCAUUGUCAAGUAAUGGGCUCUAUCUUUUGGAUUUCUAUCCAGAUCGAAGCUCCCCUUGCCAUGUGGAUUUCAAUGAAGAAAUGCAAGAGUUUUACGGAGUAAAGAGCCCACAUAAGCAAAAUCAAUUCAUUCCAACAACUGAAGGUGUUACUGCAUGUAUUACUCAUCCCUCAAGUGGAACCAUUGUGGUUGGAACCAAGCAUUCGUCGCUCCUGGUGAUUUCACAAACAGGGAAGUCAUUUCAAGGUGCAUAUGAUUCUCCUUGCUCUGAAGGCAAUCUUAGAAGAACCAGCUAAAUCUCGCUCACAUGGUUAUACACAUCUACCAAACUAGAAUUCAGUUGCACAUUCUAGCAAGUGCAGCAGGAAGAUAUUGGUGGAGGCUGAGCUUUAGAUGAAUGUGUAAAGUCUUUGUUAGAGGGCAAGGUUUCAGACCGCAUGUCAUUUGGAAGUGUACAAAGGAGUGUAUGUAGAGGAAGGUGAAGAUUGCUCCGUUUGCUUUAAUGUGUGAAUCAUGGAAGAACAUAUUGUCUGACCUGAGUAAUGAUUCACUGAAGUUGAUUUCGACCCCAGCUAGAUCCUUGAGCAAAUGAAGGAGGUGGUAUAAAUAUAGCCGUUAACUUUAUGCUUUGUGGAGGUGUAAGUCAUAAGUAGUGGAUGCAACUGUAUCUACACCGACUGACUUACAAUUCUGGAUUUUCGUUGAUAUUUUUCACUUGUCAGUUCUCGUGGUAUACUUGGUGAUCAUUCCUUUGUGUCUGUAGCAUCCAUAUCCCUUCAUUACUGUGCUUUAGCAAUGGUAUUGUUUGUACAGCUUCCAGGAGGUGCACCAUCCACAAUAUUCUCCCUGCUUAUCAUUAUUGAAAUUAUGCAUCCAUCAGUUUGUCCAGGGUUCAAGAUUUGUAUUAAUAAUCAUCAUUUUUCUCAGAACCAACUUUUCGACUGAAAAUGGAAGUGAUUGUCCUUUUCAAGAUGAAACUUUACAGGGUUUAGGGUAGUAGUUUUACCUCUAAACUUUUACUUAAUUCUCCAAACGGAGGUUCAUUUGUCUUUGUAUUCUUUCUAAGAGCCUGCAUUUCUCAGUGCAAACGCAAAUUGAGUCCACAACAGUUACAGAAAAUAACCUUAGAUUAUACUGGACUGGCUUUACAUACUGAUUCUUUUUAGGGGUGAGUUGAAUAGUUUUGGUGG